AGGAGGAGGAGGGAGGGGGGGAAGGUUCUGGAGGGAGAAGCGUCCGCCGCCAUCUUAGCGUUGCUGCUGCUGCGGCCGCGUCGGAAGAAGGAGAAGCGAAGGACUCGGAACCGUCUCGGGACAUAAACGCCUGCCGGAGACUAACGCCGAAAGGGAGGGGGAGGUUGUGAUCAAAUUCCUCGCUUGCUAAAAAUCCUUCUCCACUAGCAGCUCCUUCAUCUCGGGGUGGUGGGGAGCCCACCUGUUUGGGCCAGCCAUGGAUCCGGCGUUCCCCAAUCCAUCCCAGGACCCAAGUCAAGAAGACGGCAUGGCAUCGGAUGACUUCGAUAUUGUGAUAGAGGCCAUGCUGGAGGCCCCAUACAAGAAAGAGGAGGCCCAGCCUGGACCGUCAAAGCCUCCAGCUGAUCCCCCCACAGUGCAGCCCCCUCAGGAGGAACAAGGAAAAGAAGUAAAGAAAGACAGCGCCCCCAGCAGUAGUGGGGAGAGCAGCAGCAAAAAGAAGAGGAGCAAGAGUCGGAGCAGGAGCCGUGACCACAGACACAGGAGUGGCCAAAGCAUUGACAGUCUGCAACCCCCUCCGAUGAUCUGUUCCCCUUCCAGCCGCAGUCGGGACCGAGACCGCCAUCGCAGGCGCAGCCGUAGCCGGGACCGCCGCAGCCGACACCGGAGCAGAAGCCGCCAUCGGAGCCGCAGCCGAGAUCGUAGGCGGGGGGGCAGCAGGUCCCGCAGCAGAGAGCGCCGGAGGGAGGAGAGAGUGCGCUAUCGUAGCCCACCACCUCCUGGGCGACGGUUUGGACACAGCAAGAGUCCCUUGUACAGAGAGAAAAGCCCCCUCCGGGAGCCUUUGGGCAGCCUCAGCCCGGAAGAGCGUGACGCCCGUACUGUGUUCUGCAUGCAACUGGCUGCCCGCAUCCGCCCCCGUGACCUUGAGGACUUUUUCUCUGCUGUCGGCAAGGUACGUGAUGUGCGGAUCAUCUCCGACCGGAAUUCCCGCCGUUCAAAGGGCAUCGCCUACGUGGAGUUCUGCGAGAUCCAGUCUGUGCCGCUGGCUAUUGGGUUAACAGGGCAGCGCCUCCUAGGUGUGCCCAUCAUUGUCCAGGCUUCCCAGGCAGAGAAGAACCGGCUGGCAGCCAUGGCUAACAACCUGCAGAAGGGCAGCGGUGGACCCAUGCGGCUCUAUGUUGGCUCCCUUCACUGCAACAUCACCAAAGAGAUGCUGCGUGGGAUCUUUGAGCCCUUUGGCAAGAUUGAUAGCAUUGUGCUGAUGCGUGACCAGGAUACUGGACAGUCCAAGGGCUAUGGCUUUAUCACGUUUGCAGAGGCAGAAUGUGCCCGGCGUGCCCUGGAGCAGCUAAACGGUUUUGAGCUGGCCGGCCGACCCAUGCGGGUGGGACAGGUCACUGAACGGCUGGAUGGGACCACCGAUAUCACCUUUCCUGAUGGUGCAGAUGAGCCUGACCGGGCAGGCCUUAAUCUCGGCACCACCGGCUCCCAGCUGCAACUGAUGGCCAAACUGGCAGAAGCAGGUUCCGGGAUCCCACUGUCAACUACAGCAGCGGCCCAGGCUGCCCUGCAGCUCAAUGGAGCGAUACCCCUGGGAGCACUGAACCCAGCUGCCCUGACAGCUCUGAGUCCAGCCCUGAAUCUGGCUUCGCAGACGUUGGCCUCACAGUGCUUCCAGCUUUCAGGCCUAUUCACUCCCCAGACAAUGUAAUGCAACCCGGUUUCCCCCUGCCCUCCCUCCCUCUCCCACGGAGCCUGGAGGGGGACUGAUCAUCUCCACCCCAUCACCACCUUUCCACCCGCACUGGAUACAAGGCAGGGGGAUGGACUCUGAAGGAAACCUCUUGGAGGCCCUUUCUCAUGUGAACUGGUUUUACUUUGACGUCCUGCCCGCGAUGCGCUGAGGGUUGGCGUUCAGUCCCCAGUUCCGGAAUUGUAAUUGGAGGUGGUGUUAUCCUAUGCCUGGAACCCUCAGAGGGACCGGGGAAUCCAUUUUCCCCGAACAGGGGAUUGCAGCAUCUGUUCUUUAUUUUUUGCCUCCCAGCAGAGCCCAGUGGAACUGUGGUGUUGGGAUAUAAUUUGCCAUCUCUCUCCCCCCCCUCCCCCUACUCUCUGAUGGUGUGUCGUGGGUAUCUGCCGGAUGCCUUUUGGAAAUGUCUCAUUUGCAGGUGGGAGGGGGGUGUAUAUAGAGGGAAGGGGUGGGGAGAGGCAAGAACUGGCGUUUGGGUAGAAGGUGGGGUCCAGAGGGAUGCCCCUCCCUCCCCGGGCAAUGUUUUGUUAUCCCCUCUAAACCUGUACUGGGCACAUACAGUGUGGGGAUGUUGUCUCAUUCCUCCUCUCCCUUGCCCCUCCCUCUCUUCCUGGGGCCUGUACCCUCUUCUUGGUGUUCCUGUUCCCUCUUGCUGCACCUUCCCCUCCCCCUCAGCAUCCCCCAGACCACCUCUUUCCCCUGCCCCCAACCUUCAAAGGUAUAUUUUGGUUUUCUUUCUUUUUAUCUGUCUACUUUUUUUUUGCUUAUAAAUGAAUAAUAAAAGUCACCAAAAGUAA